GCGUGUUCAUACAGGAGAGAAGCCAUAUCAGUGUAACAUCUGUAUUAAAUCAUUCUCUCAUAAGGGUCUCUUGAAUAUGCACAAACGUAUUCAUUCAGGUGAGACACCAUAUUCCUGUAAUAUCUGUGGUAAAUCUCUCUCUAGCAACAGAAGUUUAACUUCUCAUAAACGUAUUCAUACAGGAGAGAAGCCAUAUCAAUGUGACAUCUGUAACAAAUCUUUCGCUGUAAGUAGUACCCUGACUAUUCACAAACGUACGCAUACAGGAGAGGCACCUUAUUCUUGUGAUAUUUGUGGUAAAUCAUUCUCCCGAAAUGACUACUUAGCGAAACAUAAAUAUAUCCAUACAGGAGAGAAGCCCUAUCACUGUGAUAUCUGUAAUAAAUCUUUCUCUCUAAGUAGUACCCUAAUUAAUCAUAAACGUUUCCAUACAGGAGAGAAGCCAUAUCACUGUGUUAUCUGUGGUAAAUCAUUUUCUCAAAGUGGCAACUUAGCUGCUCAUAAACGUUUCCAUACAGGAGAGAAGCCAUAUCACUGUGAUAUCUGUGGUAAAUCAUUCUCCAUGAGUUUCAACUUAUCUAAACACAAAUAUAUCCAUACAGGAGAGAAGCCAUAUCACUGUGAUAUCUGUGGUAAAGUGUUCUCCUCAAAUGGUUACCUGACUAUACACAAACGUAUUCAUACCGGAGAGAAACCCUAUCACUGUGAUGUCUGCAGUACAUCAUUCUCUAACCAAAGUGCUUUAAAUACACACAGACUUGUUCAUACCGGGAAAAAGCGAUUUCGCUGUGACAUUUGUGGGAAAUCAUUGUCUACAAAUGAUAGAUUAACUAAACACAAACGUAUUCAUACUGGAGAGACGCCAUAUCACUGUGAUGUCUGUGGUAAAUCAUUCUCUGAGAAAAGUUAUUUCAUUCGUCACAAACGUGUUCAUACAGGAGAAAGACCAUAUCAGUGUAACAUCUGUAGUAAAUCAUUCUCUCGUAGAAGUGCUUUCACUUCUCACAAACGUACACAUACAGGAGUGAAACCAUAUUCCUGUAAUAUCUGUGGCAAAUCAUUCCCUCGCAACUCUGCUUUGACUGAACAUAAACGGAUUCAUACAGGAGAGAAGCCAUAUCAAUGCGACAUCUGUAAGAAAUCUUUCUCUGCCAGCAGUAACCUAACUACUCAUAAACGUAUUCAUACAGGAGAGACACCAUAUCACUGUGAUAUCUGUGGUAUAUCAUUUUCUCAGAGUUGUGCUUUAAGUAGUCACAAGCGUAUUCAUACAGGAGAAAAGCCAUAUCACUGUGAUAUCUGUGGCAGAUCAUUUUCUGGAAGUACUGCAUUAACUAGUCACAAGCGUAUUCAUACAGGAGAGAAGCCAUAUCACUGUGAUAUCUGUGGUAAAUCAUUCUCUCAAAGUGGCAACUUAGCUACUCACAAACGUUUCCAUACAUGAGAAAAUCCUUUUCUCUGUAAGUGGUGACUAAACCCUUUACCAUGCAGAUUAUUCUGUUGAAUGUGAUGUUUAUUUAUUCACAUUAUUUUCAAUUUGUCAUGCAUUAUCUCACAGCUUUCAAGUUCUUAUAACAUGACUGUUUAUAUUUGGAAUGACAUUGUAGGGUAGGUGUAAGCGGCUGAGUCUGGCUAGUUUGAUCAUAAAAUAGGUGGAGAAUUUGAACCAGAUAUGGCCACUUUAAAUGCUAGUGGGUUAACCCUACAAGGACCAUAGGGGUAACUUUUUGACUGCCAUUGAAAAUCUAUACUUUAAUACAAUUUGUUUUAAAUAUCAGCAAAUGCAGUGAAUAUAUUCUUUUAGCAUUUAUUUACAUGUAAAAAAAACAUAUAUAUCUAUAGACACAUAUAUAUGAAAUGAUGCUCAUGAUUGUACAUUCAAUACAGUUGUAGAAAUUAAAAAGUAAUAAGCAAAAUUGAUGAUAAAUGACCGUUUGGUACUUCUAGUGUUAACUAAAUGUGCAUCUGUUCAUAUAGAUGUGUGAAUAUCAAUGUGACAAUUCAUGUGAACAAGAAGCAUUUUGGCCUCCUCCUACACUGGUGAUAAUGUUGUGGGCUUUCUCCAUGGCAAUAACCAAGCAACUCAUCAGGGAAUUGUUAUAAAUGUCAAAGAAAAAAAAAAUGAACGAUCUCUCUAACUAACUAUAUUCACACAGGAGAGGAGAUAGAACAGUGUGUGAUAAGAACCUCCCAACUGUGUAGUUUAUGUCACCACACCUUAGAUAACUUACUGCUUGCCAACCCUGGUCAAACCAUCCA